UUCGCCACAUCCGGCGCGGCUCCUGGCGCCUGCGCGCUGCGGCGGGGAGCCGGUGACGUCCGGUGGAAUCCAAGAUGGCGGCGCUAGGCUGAGCCUGCCGUCGGGGAAGUGCCGCCUCCGCCCGCCUGACGCCCCUCGGGGCACCCUGCGCCGCUCCCCGUCCCCGCCGCGGCCAUGUCCGGGCCCGGCAACAAACGCGCCGCCGGCGACGGGGGCUCGGGGCCCCCGGAGAAGAAGCUGAGCCGUGAGGAAAAGACCACCACCACUCUCAUCGAGCCCAUUCGGCUCGGGGGCAUCUCCUCCACGGAGGAGAUGGACUUGAAAGUUCUUCAGUUCAAGAACAAGAAACUGGCGGAGCGUUUGGAACAGAGGCAGGCCUGCGAGGACGAGCUCCGCGAGCGGAUCGAGAAGCUGGAGAAGCGCCAGGCCACGGACGAUGCCACCCUCCUCAUCGUCAACCGCUACUGGGCCCAGCUGGACGAGACUGUGGAAGCCCUUCUGCGUUGUCAUGAGAGCCAGGGCGAGCUGUCUGCAGGAGCGGAGGCACUUGAGACGCAGGAGGGGCCGCCGCGCGAUGGGACCCCUCUCCCAGAGCCGGGGACGUCGGAGCUGAGGGAGCCCCUGCCGGCGCAGCUGCGGCCCCCUCUCAGCGAGCCAGCCUUGGCUUUUGUGGUGGCCUUGGGUGCCAGCAGCAGUGAGGAGGUGGAGCUGCAGCUACAGGGCCGGAUGGAGUUCUCCAAGGCAGCCGUGUCCCGGGUGGUGGAGGCCUCAGACCGGCUACAGCGCCGAGUGGAGGAACUGUGUCAGCGGGUGUACAGCCGAGGGGACAGUGAGCCCCCCAGUGAAGUGGCUCGGGCUCGCACCCGGGAGCUAGGCCGGGAGAACCGGAGGCUGCAGGACUUGGCCACGCAGCUGCAGGAGAAGCACCACCGCAUCUCACUGGAGUACUCCGAGCUCCAGGAUAAAGUGACAUCAGCAGAGACCAAGGUGCUGGAGAUGGAGACCACGGUGGAGGACCUGCAGUGGGACAUCGAGAAGCUGCGCAAGCGAGAGCAGAAGCUCAAUAAGCACCUGGCGGAGGCCUUGGAGCAGCUCAACUCCGGCUACUACGUGUCUGGGAGCUCGUCGGGUUUCCAGGGGGGCCAGAUCACGCUCAGCAUGCAAAAGUUUGAGAUGCUGAACGCAGAGUUGGAGGAGAACCAGGAGUUGGCCAACAGCCGCAUGGCGGAGCUGGAGAAGCUGCAGGCCGAACUUCAGGGGGCUGUGCGGACCAAUGAGCGCCUCAAGGUGGCCCUGCGGAGCCUCCCGGAGGAGGUGGUGCGGGAGACGGGGGAGUACCGGCUGCUGCAGGCCCAGUUCUCGCUGCUGUACAACGAGUCUCUGCAAGUGAAGACGCAGCUGGACGAGGCCCGGGGGCUGCUGCUGGCCACCAAGAACUCCCACCUGAGGCACAUUGAGCACAUGGAGAGCGACGAGCUGGGGCUGCAGAAGAAGCUGCGCACGGAGGUCAUCCAGCUGGAGGACACGCUGGCCCAGGUGCGCAAGGAGUACGAGAUGCUGCGCAUCGAGUUUGAGCAGAACCUGGCGGCCAACGAGCAGGCGGGCCCUAUCAACCGGGAGAUGCGCCACCUAAUUAGCAGUCUGCAGAACCACAACCACCAGCUCAAGGGCGAUGCCCAGCGAUACAAGCGGAAGCUUCGAGAAGUGCAGGCUGAGAUCGGCAAGCUCCGAGCUCAGGCCAGUGGCUCUGCCCACUCCAUUUCCAGUCUGGGCCACCCAGAGGACUCUGGCCUCAGUGCCCCUGCCCCAGGGAAAGAAGAGGGUGGGCCAGGCCCCAUCGCUACCAACAGCAGGAAGGAGAUGGCUUCGGUGCCCGGUGCCACCACUGCUACCUCCUUGAAGAAAGAGGAGCUGAUUUCCCCUGAAGACGAUGCCCAGGCCCUAACUCCCGGGGCGCAGGGCCCCUCCUCCCGGGGCCGAGAACCCGAGACCAGGCCCAAGCGGGAGCUUCGGGAACGGGAAGGGCCUGGCCUGGGACCUGCACCUGUAGCUUCAGCUCUCUCCAGAGCCGAUCGGGAGAAGGCCAAGGUGGAGGAGGCCAAGAGGAAGGAGUCGGAGCUACUCAAGGGUCUCCGGGCAGAGCUCAAGAAGGCCCAGGAAAGCCAGAAGGAGAUGAAGCUGCUACUGGACAUGUACAAGUCCGCUCCCAAGGAGCAGCGGGACAAGGUGCAGCUCAUGGCCGCUGAACGCAAGGCUAAGGCUGAGGUCGAUGAGCUAAGGAGCCGCAUCCGGGAACUGGAGGAGCGGGAUCGGAGGGAGAGCAAGAAGAUGGCGGACGAGGACGCCCUGCGCCGCAUCCGGCAGGCAGAGGAGCAGAUCGAGCACCUGCAGCGCAAGUUGGGCGCCACCAAGCAGGAGGAGGAGGCGCUGCUGUCCGAGAUGGAUGUGACGGGUCAGGCCUUCGAGGACAUGCAGGAGCAGAACGGGCGGCUGCUGCAGCAGCUGCGGGAAAAAGACGAUGCCAACUUCAAGCUCAUGUCCGAGCGCAUCAAGGCCAACCAGAUCCACAAGCUGCUGCGGGAGGAGAAGGACGAGCUGGGCGAGCAGGUGCUGGGCCUCAAGUCCCAGGUGGACGCGCAGCUGCUGACCGUGCAGAAGCUGGAGGAGAAGGAGCGGGCCCUGCAGGGCAGCCUCGGCGGCGUGGAGAAGGAGCUGACGCUGCGCAGCCAGGCCCUGGAGCUCAACAAGCGGAAGGCUGUGGAAGCGGCCCAGCUGGCCGAGGACCUGAAGGUACAGCUGGAGCACGUGCAGACUCGGCUGCGGGAGAUCCAGCCCUGCCUGGCGGAGAGCCGGGCUGCCCGUGAGAAGGAGAGCUUCAACCUCAAGAGGGCUCAGGAGGACAUCUCCCGGCUGCGGCGCAAGCUGGAGAAGCAGCGGAAGGUGGAGGUUUACGCCGACGCCGACGAGAUCCUGCAGGAGGAGAUCAAGGAGUACAAGGCGCGGUUGACCUGCCCCUGCUGUAACACCCGCAAGAAGGACGCCGUCCUCACCAAGUGCUUCCACGUCUUCUGCUUCGAGUGCGUGCGCGGCCGCUACGAGGCCCGCCAGAGGAAGUGCCCCAAGUGCAACGCAGCCUUUGGUGCCCACGACUUCCACCGUGUCUACAUCAGCUGAACCUGGGACCCGGGACUUGGCAACACCCACGGACCCGGGGGGCUGUGCCCCCAGCCCCUCCCCAUCUCAGAGCCAGCAGCCCCACCCUCUAUUCUGGACCCCAUGGGCCCAACCCCUGGCCACCUAGUUGGUUUGGGAGCCUGGAUGAAUGCUAGUGGGAGCGGGGUCAGCCAGAUUCAGUUCCAUCUUUACCUGAAGGUCAAGACUGCAGCCUAGGGAGCACCCCUCUGCUGGAAGGGGCUGCCAAGAGAAGCCUCAGGGGCCCCCAAUCCUCCACCGAGCUUCCUGGAGGCACCUGUCCCUAAAGGGAAACUGCCUGGCCUCUGACCUUCCCUGCCCUCCAGAGGAGGCUCACUCCUCGCCUGCCCACCACCGAGAGGCAGGCAGGGCAGGGCGUCCGCCAGGGGCCCAGCCAGGCUGGCUUUACCCACCAGCCCCAGGCCUGCUGGAGGCUCCUGUCUGCUGUAGAGUUCACAGGACACUUUGGUUCUUAGGCUAAAGAGGGAGGCGGGGGGACGGACCACCUGCUUCCUCUGGGUGCUCUAUGGUUGCUAUGGUUACCCACUUCGUUUUGGGAGCUAAGCCAUGAUGGUCAGCAGUUUCUAUUCUAGUCAGGCCCCUCCCCCAAUGUCUACUAUUUCUCAAGCCCAUUUGCCCCCAACUCAUGCAUCUAAGCCUGCACGGGGUCCCUGGCCCUAACCCUGCUUUCAUCCUGGCAGCCGUACUGCAGUGGAAGGGCAGCUUCCCAGGAUGGCAGACAGACCAGCCCCAGCUGCUGGGCCAACUUCAGUCAUUCCAGGUAGAGCCUCAUUCAACACCCUGAGACUGAGCCUGUACCCGCCCCGCUCCCCCGUGCGGCCUGUGCCGUCCACACAGUCUAGUGAGGGGCUUGGGAGGUGGAGCUGCUGGACAGGUGCGAGGGCCUGCUGGGACCCGGAGCCUCUGCUCUACACGUGUCUUGUACAGGCCCCUUGUUCCGAAUAAACCUCCAGCCCUCAGCGGA